AUGGCGGUGCUUGCUCGUAUUGCCGUGCUGCUUGCAGCCAGCAUAACGCUGUCUCACGGUUCCGAGACAUGGAACCUCCAAAAUGUUUACGGUGGGAGAGGGGGAGAAGUUUCCAAUGCAUAUCCUCAGCUUGGCUAUCUUGGUGAAGUCGAUCCUAACAUAGUUCUGCAGUUGCUCAGCGGGCGAUUGGCAAUCAAUGUCGAGGGUGAGCGUAUUCCCGUUACUAUCACAGUACCAACAACCCCUAUACCUGGGGACCCGGAGAAACCUGAGAAGCCUGAGGAAUCUGAGGACCCUGAGGACCCGGAGGAUCCUGAGGAAUCCGAGGAUCCUGAGGAAUCUGAGGACCCUGAAGGCCCAGAGGAUCCUGAGGAAUCCGAGGAUCCUGAGGAAUCUGAGGACCCUGAGGGCCCAGAGGAUCCUGAGGAAUCGGAUGAUCCUGAGGAGUCAGGGGAGAUGGGAAAACCCUCGAAGCCCGAGAAACCUGAGAAGCCGGAAAAACCGGAAAAGCCCGAGAAACCUGAGAAGCCCGACAAACCUGGGAAGCCAGAAAAGCCCGAGAAACCUGAGAAGCCCGAGAAACCUGGAAAGCCAGAAAAGCCCGAGAAACCUGAGAAGCCCGAGAAACCUGGAAAGCCGGAAAAGCCCGAGAAACCUGGAAAGCCAGAAAAGCCCGAGAAACCUGGGAAGCCAGAAAAGCCCGAGAAACCUGGGAAGCCAGAAAAGCCCGACAAACCUGGGAAGCCAGAAAAGCCCGACAAACCUGGGAAGCCAGAAAAGCCCGAGAAACCUGAGAAGCCAGAAAAGCCCGAGAAACCUGAGAAGCCAGAAAAGCCCGAUAAACCUGAGAAGCCAGAAAAGCCCGAUAAACCUGAGAAGCCAGAAAAGCCCGAGAAACCUGAGAAGCCAGAAAAGCCCGAGAAACCUGAGAAGCCAGAAAAGCCUGAGAAACCUGAGAAGCCAGAAAAGCCUGAGAAACCUGGAAGACCUGAUAAACCUGGAAGACCUGAGAAGCCAGAAAAGCCUGAGAAGCCGGAGUUCCCCCCGCCAUGCCCACCGCAACAUUCUGACCAUCAUCACUAUCACCACCAUCACCAUUACUUGCACGGCCUCUUCUCUCCUUUCCGCAACACCACCACAACGACGAGCAAGCCUUCCACUUCCUCUGGCCUUGUUUCAGACUCUUAUUUCUUAGCUAGAGUGAAUUAA